UGCUGCCCGGGGUUGAUUAGAGCAGCGGUCGGGGAGCUGUAACCUGCUGCAGGUGGAGAGCGGGCAGGAUGCAGGGACAAAGCCGCACACUGCGCCUGGACCGCGGGCAGAGGCUGCAGGCGGUGUGUGUGCUGGGCUCCCGCCUCGCCGUGGAUGUCAACGGGGGGUCUCCGCCGGAGUGCAAGUGGUUCAGCUUUCGUCACAGCCCAAAUAUCGUGUUUGAAGUUGUGAACAGCGACGUCUCCCAACAGAAAGUGAUUAAUGGAGAGAAACUAUGGCCGCUGUCCAACAGGACACUGGUGGAGUUCCAGAUGACUGCGCCAAGCACCGAUAUCAACGAUGGCAAAAUAACAUUUGCUUACUAUAAGAAGGGGUCGGAUGCAGCUGUGGACAAAGCCGGAAUCUACCUGACUGCGAUCGAAAUGUCCCUGGAUGUCGACGCGGAUCGGGAUGGUAACGUAGAACGAAACAACCCACAUAAGGCUACGUGGACCUGGGGUCUGGAGGGUCAGGGCGCCAUCCUGCUGGUGAACUGUGAUAAGGACAGUUUGAUCUCCCGCACGGUGGAUGGAGGAGAUAACAUUGUGCUGUCCAAGACGGAUCUCCUGGAUAUGUCCAAGAUGCUGCUCCGGAUCCGAGGGCCCGAAAAACUUCCGACAGGAUACCACCUGCUGCUCUACAUCUCUGCCACUGAAGCACCAAACCUGGGAGUGUUCCAUCUGCACAAUAAAAUGUACAGGCACGUCCUGGGAAGAGAGAAGCUCUUCUUCAAGACUCGGUACACGGGGACCAGCGAGCUGGAGUUCUUUGUGGAAGGACUGCGCUUCCCGGAUGAAGGAUUUAAUGGACUGGUGACUAUCAAGGCCAGUCUGCUAGAGACGCAGGUGGAGGGAAUCCCCGAGACCCCCAUAUUCACAGACGUGGUGACGUUUCGUAUCUCGCCGCUGAUCAUUACACCCAACACGCUGGACCCUAUUGUGGUUUACGUCUGCAGCGUGAAGGACAAUUACCUGUUCCUGAAGGAGAUCAAGAACCUGGUGAGCGAAGCCAAUUACAAGAUCCAGAUCUGCUUUGAAGAUGUGAACCGAGGGGAUCGCUGGAUGCAGGACGAGCUGGAAUUUGGAUACAUUCAGGCUCCACAUAAAAGUUUCCCGGUCGUGCUGGAUUCUCCCAGAGAUGGAGAACUGAAGGAUUUUCCCAUUCGGGAGCUGCUGGGACCAGAUUUUGGCUACGUAACAAAGGUUGCCACUUCCUCGAAGGUCACAAGUCUGGACUCCUUUGGAAACCUAGAAGUGAGUCCUCCGGUGACUGCUGCAGGCAAGAAGUACCCACUGGGACGGAUUCUGAUUGGGAGCAGCUUUCCUACCUCAUCCGGCAGAAGAAUGACCAAAGUCGUGCGGGAUUUUCUGUAUGCCCAGAGGGUGCAGUCGCCCAUUGAGCUGUUUACUGAUUGGUUGUAUGUGGGUCACGUGGAUGAAUUCAUGACCUUUGUGCCGGCGCCAGAUCAGAAGGGCUUCCGUCUGGUUUUGGCCAGUCCUGCCCUUUGUUUCCAGAUCUUAAAAGAAAAGAAGCACGAAGGACAUGGAGACGCCGUCAUGUUCCAGGGAUUGGAAACCAAGCGAUGGACCGUGACAAAAAUCCUUUCCACGGACGCGAUCGUGUACGAGAACAACUAUGCACAGCACUGCAUUGACUGGAACCGGGAUAUUCUGAAGAAAGAACUCUGCCUAACAGAGGAGGACAUCAUCGAUAUACCUGCCUUAUUCAAACUGCAAAAUGACAAGGCUGUAGCCUUCUUCCCUAAUAUGGUUAAUAUGAUCGUUCUGAGAAAAGAUCUUGGAAUUCCCAAACCCUAUGGGCCGAUAAUCAAGGAGACCUGUUGUCUGGAGGAUUAUGUCAUUGAGCUGUUCAAGCCCUUAGAACUGAAGUGCACGUUUAUUGAUGAUGUUGUGUCGUACCACAAGAAACUGGGCGAGGUGCACUGCGGCACCAACGUCCGCCGGGAGUCCUUCACCUUCAAGUGGUGGCAGAUGGAAGAGCCUUAGUGUCCGACCAAGCCUGGAACCUCCUCAUCCUUGUAGGUCUCCUCCUGAGCUCCAGUCUCCUCCACUCAGAUGAUGUGGAAGCUUCUGGGCCAGUUACGGUGCACUCAUACACUGCACAUUUUGAUGCAGAUUUGCAUGACUGAAAAUCAGUUCCAUUCGUUUAAAUGGGGCAUCAGGCACAAGGAUUUCUGCAAGCCCCAUACAGGUGAAUGAUACUGAUUUUCAGUCAUUGAAAUUUCUGCAACAUCUGCAGCAUGUGAAGGCGCCCUUACUUAUCAUUACUUCUUAGCAUGUGACACCGCUGUGAGCAGCCAUAUAACAAGUGUCUAUUAGGCAUAAUCAUUAUAUACACAUAUUAUUUGGGCAAAAAUAUUGGGGCACCUCCACAUUAUACAUACAGGAGCUUUUAUGACCUCUCAGUCUAUAUCCACAGACAUGAAUAUUGAGUUUGUCCCUCCUUUGCUUCUCUGGGAAGACUUUCUACAAGAUUUUGGAGGGUGUCUGUGGGGAUGUUUGCUCAUUCAUCCAGAUUGAUUCGUACUUUUUCGCUAUAUAAGACGCACCCCAGGUUUUAGAGGCGGAAAAUAAGAAGAAAAUAUUUUUCUUCAGAUCAGACCCCCAAAUCAGGAACUCUAUCAAACUUCCAUGUCAGACCUUAUGUCAGACUACCAUGCCAGGACCCUAUGAGAACUCCAUGUCAGACCUCAGAUCAGACUUCUAUGUCAGACCCCCUCAUCAGACCUCAGAUCAGACUUCAUGCCAGACACCCAUCAGACCUCAAAUCAGAGCUAAAGAAAAGAACUUCACUUACCUCUCCUGCUCCGCGACUCUUCUCCAGGUCCAGCGAUCGCUCCUCCAGAUGCACUCCCUUGUCUUCUCCGGCCCAACCUAACUGCGCGCAGCGUUGGGUCAUAGUGUGUGCAGCGCGGAGAAGAAAAGGGAGGGGGUGAGUACUGGCAGUGCUUCUCCCGCUCCCUGCACCUAAUACAUACUAGUGAACGCUACCAUAAUGGAAUCACUGACGGCAACCAGAGAGACCAGUGCUUUUUCCUAUAUUGUGUAAACACUGUCACCGUUGCUGGAUUGCCGCAUGGUCAUAACCAUAGAAAUGAGCAGUGUAUAAUGUGAUGGAAAAAUUAAUCUAGCCAGCAAAGGAGGCAAUAUGGACAAUCACAAUACAUUAGUAAGUGCCUGGUAUUAACCUUCUCUACAUGAUAAAUGCCAUUUGCUGAAGUGAGACAACCCCUUUAAAGGCCUUUGUAUGUAGAAUGGGAUGUGAUAAAAGCUCCUAUAGGUGUAAUGUGUCCAGAUACUUUUUUUUUUUUCCAUAUAGUGUAGUUAAACACCCACCUUUUUAUACAGAAAUUGUGAAUGUCCGCAUUUGCAACCAUUUUUAAAUGAAGCUGUGAGAGUCUGGUGGAACUUCGUGUAUAAGAACAGGAAUAGCUCCCUUAUCAUAUGAAUUUUCAUGAAAUAUUGGACUAUGCUGAAAAGUAGAAAAAAAUAUAUACAUUUUAAUCCAUUCCAUCAGAUGCCAAUCAUUGAUUAUAAUUAAAGCUGUUGUCUCAUCAUAGACAAUGGUCAUAUCGCUAGGAUAUGCCCCCAUUGUCUUAUAGGUGUGGGUCCCAGCACUUAUAUAGGGAAUGGAGCCCCGGAAGUGAAGCAGGGCGCAUGCACAGCCGCCCUCCAUUCAUUUUCUAUGGGGCCGGCAAAAAUAGUCGAGCGCUGGCUCUGCCAUUUCCGUUGAGCCCAUAGAAGUGAAUAAGAGCGGUGGCCCGUCAUGCACGGUGCGUUCCCAUUCACUUUUAUGGGGAGCCAGCUUGGUAGUGGCCGGACCAGAGUCCUCCAGCCACCAGCUUGCAGGGCUCCGUUCCCGAUUUAUAGGUGCGGGUCCCAGCAGUGGGACAACCCCUUUUAAGAGCAAGUGCCUCCUGAUACCUAUAGCUUCUCACAACUCCGCCAUUAUAAGUUGUUCCAGACCAGUUCACAGUGAAGAUCACAUAACCUUCCUGCCAAAAUCCAUGAGUCUUUUGUAUACGGAGUAAGGACGGAGGUGACUGCUGAAUACCGACCACCCCAAGGAUGAUGAGAGUGAUGGGCAGAGAUCAUCCUCUUUUAUCAGUAGAUUAUACAGACAUACCACAUAUACUCCCUAGAUUUUCUGUUUUUAAGUGUAGGACUUAUUCAGACAGCCGUAACGUGGGAGCAUUUUAGCGUCCUUAUUGCAACUGCAAAUCUCAACCCGACCACGGGUCUAAUGCUUCGAACUAACUGCAUCAUAGGGUGUGAAUUCGGAUGAUUAGACCCCCCAGAGGGUCUGAGAUUUGGGGCUGUAAUACAGGCGCUAAAAUGCUUCCAGGUUACGGCCAUCUGAACGAGGCCUUACCAGUGGUGUUGGGACUCAGUGUUGCCUGUAAUGCGAUUUUGAUGAUUAAUAUAAUUUUUUUUUACACUAAUCUUAUUAUUCCAUAAAGUUUCUUCUUUCUGAUGUGUUUUAUGUCAUUGCACCUUAUGUUCUCCUCAUGUCCCGCUUACUGAAACGGGUAAAAGGACUGAGCUGAAUUUACCAGGGAAACCGCUCCAAUCUCUUAGCACAGUUCUCCCACUGUUCAGAGCCAUAUUAUUGUCUAUAGGGGGCAGUAUUAUAACGAAUGCUAGCAGUGUAAGGCCUCUUUCACACAUUCGUGACAAGAUGGUCAGUGGUUCAUCCGUAAAGGAUCCAUGUUUGGUCCACUUUUUUUGCCUACUUUGUCAUCCAUAUUUCACUUACAAUGCCAGGCUGGUAUGGGAGCGCUGUGGCCUCCUCACAGCUUACCAAGCACAGCGCCACUCAUUGUAUAGUGGCUGUGCAUGGUAUUGCAACCAAGGCCGAAUUAUUUGAGGUGCACGUUGGCCAUGUGAUUAAUGAACCUGACGUCACUGGCCUUGGCCAUCUGAUCGGUGGGAGUGCCAGGAGUCGGACCCCCAGUGAUCUGAUAUUGACGUCCUAUCCUGAGAAUAGGUCAUCCAUAUUUUACUCGUCACCAUGUAAGCUCAGGAAUGAUUCCUAUAUCAGUGAUGUGAAUAUGGAGCAUAUUUGAGGAUUCAGGGCUCGUGUAAGAUUUGUUUUAUAGCUGCCUGUAAUCCGGGGGUCAUCACAAUGACAGCAGCUUGUAAGGAAGGCUAUUGUGCACUUGGGAUCUUAGGUCUUCUGUUUGGGAUUAUCAUCCCAUGUAAAAUAAAUGGACCACUAUAGCCAAAAGAGAAUCCGAGGGUCUCCUCAAAAAGUGGGAACCAAUGUGAUGGUUCUAAGAUAUUACAAAGAAGCUAUGAACUAAAAAUCCCCUCAAAGGUCGUCCUAUGGACACAAGUGCACAUAACCCAUGAUAUGCGCCUUGACCAUGGUGCAGCCACUACCGCUGUAUUCCUGUCUGAGCUCAGUGCCUUAGCCGUAAGACGUCUCUAUUGUAGACUGGGUGCAUCCAGCGCAUUUCAUGCCCUCAUCUGUACCAUAAAUCCUCCAUUUUGUGUUAUACUAACUGCUAUAAUAAAAACUGUAGAAUAAAA